GUAUAUAAGGUGGAUGAUUCGUUUUUUUAAUUAAUCCUACAAAGAUGUUGUCUGGUUUAGUGUUCUUCGUCCUGGUAGGGUGUGCGGUGGCCGUCCCUCCUGUGACCAGGUCCAGGAGCGACAUUGAGUCGUUCAGGGCCUUCCUGGAGAAGAGCAGGACAGACGAUGGCAUCCGUCUAGAAUCCCGCAUGCUCCUGAACCCCCAGGCUUCAGUGUGGGAGAACAGUGGCAAGUUCGAGGGCGACAUCUUGCUGAAUGAUGAGCAGGCCGAGCUCAUGCUGCAGGAGUACGCUCAGGGCAGGAACGCGUACAUCUGGCCCAACACCAAAUGGCCUUCCAACACCAUUGUUUACGAGUUCAACAAUGAGUUCACCACCGCCCAAGUCAACGCCAUCUAUGCCGCCAUGAGGGAGAUCUCCGCGAGGACCUGCGUCAGGUUCCGUCGCCGUGAAGCCAGAGACUUCAACUUCGUCAGGAUCACCGGCCGUGCCGACGGUUGCUACGCUAACGUAGGAUACUGGGCCAGCAUGGGCGUCCACACCUUCAACUUGGCCCGUGACACCCCUGGCCGCGGCUGCUUCACCCACACCACCAUCAUCCACGAGUGGCUCCACGUCGUCGGCUUCAUGCACAUGCAGUCCACCCACAACAGAGACACCUACGUCCGCAUCAUGUGGCAGAACAUCUGGCCAGGCAUGGAACACAACUUCGAGAAGUACGGAACCAACAUAGUGCACAACAUGGGUCUGCCUUACGAAUACGCCAGCAACAUGCACUACGGCAGAUUCGGCUUCAGCAUCAACGGCCAAGCUACCAUGUUGCCUAUCUUCAAUGACAACGGUUUAAUGGGACAGACUCAGUUCGUCAGCGCAUGGGACUGGCAGAGGGCCAACAGGCAUUACAACUGCCCCGGAGCCUGGAAUGACAUUGUCAACCCUGACGUUACCAAGAGUGACUACAGAUUUGAGCCUAAUUAUGAACUAAUUGAAUAUAUGCCCGUGGAUGAAAUUAUUAAGGAAAUCGCCCCAGAAGAGGAGGUUAUCGAAGACGCACCCGAGCAAAAGCUGCUAUGUUCUAAAGUCUCUUUCGUCAAUGACCCUUCAAAAUACACCUACCGACCUAUACCCUAGACUGAUCUGUAAAAAAAUAUAAUCACUGUAUGACCAUUUUAUUUAUUUGGCUAUUUAUAUUUUGUACUGUUUUCAUCAAAAUUUACUUUUACGAUGUUGUUUUUGAAAUAAAAAAUGAUGAUUGAUUUUUA